GCAAAAUACAUCUCCCAGUGCAUCGAUGAGAUCAAGCAGGAGCUAAAGCAGGACAACAUUGCUGUGAAAGCAAAUGCAGUCUGCAAACUGACCUACUUACAGAUGCUGGGCUAUGACAUCAGUUGGGCUGCUUUCAAUAUUAUUGAAGUCAUGAGUGCAUCGAAGUUUACAUUCAAAAGAAUUGGUUACCUAGCUGCCUCCCAGUGCUUUCAUGAGGGGACUGAUGUAAUUAUGUUGACUACUAAUCAGAUCCGAAAGGAUCUCAGUAGCCCUAACCAGUAUGAUACUGGAGUUGCACUGACUGGCUUGUCCUGUUUUGUUACUCCAGAUCUUGCCAGGGACUUGGCAAAUGACAUCAUGACACUGAUGUCUCAUACAAAGCCUUACAUCAGGAAGAAGGCAGUGCUGAUCAUGUACAAGGUGUUUCUGAAAUACCCCGAGUCCCUCCGUCCCGCCUUCCCUCGCCUUAAAGAGAAACUUGAAGAUCCAGAUCCUGGUGUGCAGUCUGCUGCAGUAAAUGUUAUUUGUGAGCUGGCUCGACGCAAUCCCAAAAACUACCUUUCCCUUGCUCCACUCUUUUUCAAGUUGAUGACAUCAUCAACCAAUAAUUGGGUUCUCAUUAAGAUUAUAAAACUGUUUGGUGCUCUUACUCCAUUAGAACCUAGGCUGGGAAAGAAACUGAUUGAGCCUCUGACCAAUCUCAUCCAUAGCACCUCAGCCAUGUCUCUCUUGUAUGAAUGUGUGAACACAGUAAUAGCAGUGUUGAUCUCUCUGUCCUCGGGGAUGCCGAACCACAGCGCCAGCAUCCAGCUUUGUGUUCAGAAGUUGAGGAUAUUGAUAGAAGAUUCUGACCAGAACUUGAAAUACCUGGGACUGUUAGCUAUGUCCAAAAUCCUGAAAACGCAUCCUAAGUCAGUUCAGUCUCACAAGGAUCUCAUUCUCCAAUGUUUGGAUGACAAAGAUGAGUCUAUCCGACUCAGAGCUUUAGAUCUCCUCUAUGGCAUGGUAUCAAAGAAGAACUUGAUGGAGAUAGUGAAGAAACUGAUGAUUCAUGUGGAUAAAGCAGAAGGGACGACGUACCGGGAUGAGCUGCUGACCAAAAUCAUUGAUAUUUGUAGUCAGUCCAACUAUCAAUACAUCACGAACUUCGAAUGGUACAUCAGCAUCCUGGUGGAGCUGACGCGGCUGGAAGGCACGCGGCACGGGCACCUCAUAGCAGCUCAGAUGCUGGAUGUAGCCAUCAGAGUGAAAGCUAUCCGUAAAUUUGCAGUUUCCCAGAUGGCCAUGCUUCUGGACAAUGCUCAUCUCAUAGCCAGCAACACCCAGAGAAACGGCAUCUGUGAGGUGCUCUAUGCUGCUGCCUGGAUAUGUGGGGAGUUCUCCGAACACCUCGAAGAAGCAAACCAAACUUUAGAAGCAAUGUUGAGGCCUAAAGUGACGACUCUGCCAGGCCACAUCCAGGCAGUUUAUGUCCAGAACAUGGUGAAGCUCUAUGCAUCCAUCCUGCAGCAGAAAGAGCAGUCAGGGGAGAAGGAAGCAGCUCAGGAGAUCACACAGCUGAUGAUUGAGCGUUUGCCUCAGUUUGUGCAGAGUGCAGAUCUGGAAGUUCAGGAAAGGGCUUCUUGCAUCUUGCAACUAAUAAAAUAUAUUCAGAAGCUACAAAUAAAAGAAGUACCUGUAGCUGAAGAAGUAAUAGCUCUGUUUGCUGGUGAGCUGAACCCUGUGGCUCCUAAAGCACAGAAAAAAGUACCAGUUCCAGAGGGCUUGGACCUUGAUGCCUGGAUCAAUGAACCUCCAUCAGACAGUGAGUCUGAAGAUGAAAAACCCAAAACAAUUUUUCAUGAUGAGGAACAAAGGCAUUCCAGACACAGGCAGCCAGAAAUAGAUGAAGAGGAACUGGCCAGACGUCGAGAAGCCCGGAAACAGGAACAGGCAAACAACCCAUUUUAUAUUAAAAGCUCUCCUUCCCCACAGAAGCGAUACCAAGACACUCCAGGUGUGGAACAUAUACCUGUGGUCCAGAUCGACCUUUCUGUCCCCUUAAAAGUUCCAGGUAACCUGUGAAUGCCUAUGUCUGACCAGUAUGUGAAACUGGAAGAAGAGAGGAGACACAAACAGAAACUGGAGAAAGACAAGAAAAAGAAAAAACAGAAAAAAGAGAAGAGAGGAAAACAUCACAGGCACAACUCCCUGCACACGGAGAGCGAGGAGGACAUCGCUCCAGCACACCACGUCGACAUCAUCACGGAGGAGAUGCCAGAGAAUGCUUUGCCCAGUGAUGAAGAUGACAAAGAUCCCAAUGAUCCAUAUAAGGCACUUGAUAUAGAUCUGGAUAAACCCUUAGCAGACAGUGAGAAGCUGCCUGUGCAGAGACACAGAAAUGUUGAGACCCUGAAGUCACCAGACUCAGAAGCUCCCCUAGUAGAGAAGAAGAUCAAGAAACCCAAAAAGAAGGAAAAGAAACACAAAGAAAAAGAGAGAGACAAAGGAAAGAAGAAAGAGAAAGAGAAAAAGGUGGUAGAGGAGGAAGAAGCUAAAAAGGGGGAAGACUUAGAUUUCUGGCUCUCCACUGCUCCACCUCCUGCUUCCACUACCCAGCCACAGAGGGAGCCUGAAGCAGGUGCUGCUGUUGUGGCUGAACCUCAAGAGGUGAAAAAGGAAGAAAGGGAAGAGCAAGAUGAGGAGGAGGAAGAUGAAGGCAAGAAAUCCUCCAAGCAUAAGAAGAAAAAGCACAAGAAAGAGAAAGAAGAGAAAUCAAAGGAUAAAAAGAAGUCCAAAAAGAAGAGUCAUCACAGCGAGGAGGAGACCACAGAGUCGGUGCAGAAUGGAACACUAGAUGAUGAACCACUACCACCUAUGUCCAGUUACCGCCUUCUUGCUGAAAAUCCAUACAUUAAAAUGACCUACGAUAUUCAAGGAAACCUCCAGAAUGAUAGUCAAGUUACUGUCUCUGUUAUCUUUGAGAACAAAAGCACUUGCUUCCUUAAGAGCAUGGAACUAAAUGUCCUGGACUCUCUCAACACUAAAAUGCUCCGACCAGAAGGAUCCUCAGUCCACGAUGGGAUACCUGUGCCCUUCCAGCUACCCCCUGGAAUCUCUAACGAAGCCCAGUUUGUGUUUACACUUCAGAGUAUUGUUAUGGCUCAGAAGUUAAAAGGAACACUGUCCUUUAUAGUCAAAAAUGAUGAAGGUUCAACCCAUGAAAAACUAGAUUUCAAAUUGCACUUCAGUUGUGCUUCAUACUUGAUCACGACGCCUUGCUACAGCGAUGCUUUUGCCAAGCUCCUGGAGUCUGGAGAUCUGCACAUGAGUUCGAUUAAAGUAGACGGAAUUAGCAUUUCUUUCCAACAUCUACUGGCAAAGAUCUGUUUUCAUCAUCAUUUUUCAGUUGUGGAACGUGUUGAUUCCUGUGCAUCCAUGUACAGUCGUUCUAUCCAAGGCCAUCAUGUCUGCCUACUGGUAAAAAAGGGAGAGAACUCUGUAUCCAUAGAUGGGAAGUGUAACGAUUCCACCCUGCUUAGCAACUUGUUGGAUGAGAUGAAAGAGACAUUGUCCAAGUGCUGAAUAUUCCUUAUCAAAUAUUCCAACGACAGAAACACACCUACCAUGGAAAGCUGAGCAGACCCAAGUGUUAAGUUUCUCCCUCGUACGCAUGUACUACCCUGGGGCACGUGCUUUUCAGUUAACUCCACCCUUGUUUGCAGUUUAGACAUUUUAAGGCUGUAUGUUACCUUUUUAUUUCCAAACUUUUUACAAACUGUGGUGUUAACCCUUUCUAGCCCAAAGAGAUCCUGGUGACACGACUGGAGGUGGGAGGGAGGGAGGGGUGGGCACUAUUUAUUCAGCAGCUC